CACACUUUGUAUCCCACAAUGCAUUGCGUUCACUCGAUGGAUCAUGGACCAAAGCGACAAUGAUCUUCAAGGAAGUGAUGGCUCAGGAAGUUUGGGUGGUCCAGAUGUUCGAAGAAGAAUUCCCAUCAAACUCAUAUCCAAACCACCCUUAAGGAGCAAACCUCCACCACGCACUCAGAGACCCAGCAACAGACCAUGUAAAAGUGAGGGUGGAGAUGAUGAUAGUUUUGGCUUCAAGCAAGAGGAGAGGUUUGACUGUGGUGCUAAAUCUGGUGAUAUAUUUGCCAAUCAGCGGAGAUUCCCUCAGCAACUGUUUUGGGACUAUAAGUUAAAUUUGAUUGGAGAAAGGGAUGAUGUACCAAUUCACUUCUGUGACAAAUGUGGUCUUCCUAUUCAGCUGUACGGGCGGAUGAUCCCCUGUAAACACGUUUUCUGCUAUGACUGUGCUUUGCUUCAUGAGAAGAAAGGAGAGAAGAUGUGUCCAGGCCUCACUCUCUACAACUGCACUGACCCAGUGCAGCGCAUUGAGCAGUGCCUGCGCGGGUCUCUCUACAUGUGCAGUAUUGUGCCAGGAUGCAAACGCACCUACUUGUCCCAGCGAGAUUUGCAGGCCCAUGUUAACCACCGCCACCUGAGGCCGGCUAAGUCUUCUACAGCCCGACAGGAGCCUGUUCACCUGCCUCCUGCCUCUGAGGUUCCUGACCGGUUUCGUGUGCCUCCACCACAUUUACCUAAGAACCAUGUUCAUCUUCCAAACCCCCUCCAGCACGGAACUCAUGACCCCUAUAAUCAGCCGCCACCACCAACAGGUCAUGAAGCCCCGCCCCCAUCCUCCGGGCUUGGUCCUGAGACAUUCCGCAUUGCCACAGUAACAACACGUAAACAUAGCAAUUUGAUCACUGUACCUAUUCAGGAUGACUCUUCCUCUCGUGAACCCCUUACUGGGGGGCCUGGUCCCGCUCAGCCCCCGCACCACCAUCCCGGAGACUAUCCUGGCCAGCCACCUGUAGUGUCACACUCUCACCACAUGAUGGCACCGCCGCAGCAGCACUUCGGCCCUCCACCGCCGCCACCCCCUCCUAUCAGCCACCCAAUGCAGCACCCUCCACAAGCCUCUGGGACGCCACAUAUGGUGUACAACCAGGCCCCUCCUCCAAUGUCCUCAGCUCCUCCACCAAUCACUCCACCACCAGGGCACAUCAUGGGCCAGAUGCCCCCCUACAUGAACCACCCCCUGCCUGGACCGCCGCCGCAACACAGCGGCCCUCCUGUCAAUGCCCCUCCACCUCAUCAUUAUAAUCCCAACUCCAUGCAGCAGUUUCCAGAAGACCAGGGCACACUCAGUCCUCCAUUCAACCAACCAGGAGGGCUUAGUCCUGGAAUGUGGCCCGCUGCUCCAAGAGGGCCUCCUCCACGGAUGCAAGGUCCCCCUCCCCAGGGCCAGAUGCCUGGCCCGCACCACCCAGAUCAGAACCGCUACCGACCGUAUUAUCAGUAAACUGUUGUUGAGUAAAUGGGCAAUGAUCUGUCAUUCUGGUUUGUACCAUGUCUGAAAAAUGUGAUAGAAACCUCAGGGUUACAGCAUGUAGGAUGUUUGUUUUGAUAAAACUGCCCCAAAGCAAAUGUGUAUGCGGUGCACAUUUUAGGUCAUUGUAAAGUGAUUCCAGCUGAACAAUUUACAGAUUUGGAGAAGUGCAGGAAUGUUCCUUUUUUUAACGUAGUUAAUGGUAAAUAUUUCUGUAUAUAUGAUAACUGAUUUCACUCAUGUGCUGUUCUUUGAGAGGUGUUAACUACCAGUAUGUCUCAAUAAAUUUUUAACAGCA